CCGGGGGUGGGGUGGAGUCUCUCCCAAUACAGGGACAACCCGGGGCAGGCCUGACAGACUGGAUUGCAGCGUCCGGAGUGGCUGCUGGGGAUCUUGGCGCACCGGGCAGGGGAAGGAAGCAAGGCAUUCAGGACUACUAUGCCUGGCCAAGACCGCCGCCAGCUCUCAGAGGGGGAGCAUCCAGGUGUGACACUGUUUCGCCAGUACCUCCGAAUCCGGACUGUGCAGCCAGAGCCUAAGUAUGAUGAAGCUGUGCUUUUUUUGGAGAAGAUAGCCAAGGACUUGGGCCUUGAGUGUCAGAAAGUGGAGGUGGCCCCAGGCCGAGUAGUGACUAUAUUGACCUGGCAAGGCACAGAUCCCAGCCUCCGUUCUCUUGUGCUUAACUCCCACACCGAUGUGGUGCCUGUCUUCGAGGAACACUGGAAUCACGAUCCCUUUGAAGCCUUCAAGGACACCCAAGGGAACAUUUAUGCUCGGGGUGCUCAGGACAUGAAAUGUGUUGGCAUUCAGUACCUGGAGGCUGUGCGGAGGCUAAAGGCAGAAGGGAAGUGUUUUCCCAGGACCAUUCACCUGACGUUUGUCCCUGAUGAGGAGACUGGAGGACACCAGGGCAUGGAGCUGUUUGUGAAACGGCCAGAGUUUCAGGCUCUACGAGCUGGCUUUGCCCUAGAUGAAGGCUUGGCUAGUCCUACAGAAACUUUCACAGUCUUCUAUAGCGAACGGAGCCCUUGGUGGCUUCAUGUCACGAGCUCUGGGAACCCAGGCCACGGCUCACGGUUCAUUGAGAAUACGGCAGCAGAGAAGCUGCACAAGGUGGUCACCUCAGUCCUGGAGUUCCGAGAACAGGAGAAGCGUCGGCUACAGUCAGACCCCAGCCUGACCCUGGGGUCUGUGACCUCCGUGAACCUGACCAUGCUGGAGGGAGGAGUUGCCUUCAAUGUAGUGCCAGCCACCAUGAGGGCUAGCUUCGACUUUCGAGUUGCUCCAGAUGUGGACCUUAAGGCCUUUGAGGAACGGAUUCAGGGCUGGUGCCAGGAGGCUGGGGAAGGUGUCACCUACCAGUUUUAUCAGAGAUGGGUAGAGCCCCGAAUUACAGCCGUAGAUGACUCUAACCCAUGGUGGACUGAAUUCAGCAGAGUCUGUAGAGAGAUGAAUCUCAGUAUAAAGCCUGAAAUCUUCUCAGCUGCCACUGACAGCCGCUUCCUACGAGCUGCAGGGGUCCCAGCGCUGGGCUUCUCCCCGAUGAACCGGACACCAGUACUGCUGCAUGACCACAACGAGUUCCUGAAUGAAGCCGUGUUCCUUCGGGGCAUUGACAUCUAUGCCCGACUGCUGCCUGCCCUGGCCAGUAUGCCAGCCCUGCACAAUGAGUGCUAACAGCCCCACCUAAUAGCAGCCUCUGGCUUCUCCUAGUGCCUUCCCCUCCCCAACCUGCUUAGGCCUGGGACUUUCCCCUUAGGAACGUAAUGCCAAAGACCCUGAUCUCCAAUAAAACCAUAUCUUGGUGCUGA